CCCCCCCCACCCCACCCUUCCAACAGGAGCCAAAUGGAUACCCGGUCCUACAUGCCUGUCCCCCCUGGGGUCGGGACGGAGGAGAAUGUCUUUUCCCUCGACGACAUUUUACUGUCACAGGAGCGUCUGCCCUGCAGGACGGAGAGUGUCUUUCCUGGACUCGGCUUUGUGGACAAGUCCAGCGACUCGCGCCACAUACCUGAGGGCACUAAGAUGGAGAUACCCCUGUGGCUGGCUAAGGGUCUGUAUGAGAGGAAGCGUCGUGUUAUUUCCGUGGAGCUGCCCAGAGUGUACCGUGAAGGCUGGCGGACGGUGUUUGGAGCUGACGCCAACGUGGUGGACCUCCACACAAUGGGCCCUUACUACUAUGGUUUGGGCUCCCAGAUGCUCCACUUCGACAGCCCCGAGAACUCGGAGAUCGCUCAGUGUGUCCUACAGACCUUCAUCGGCCGCUUCCGCCGCACCAUGGACUCGUCCCAGAAUGCCUACAAUGAAGACACGUCUGUGCUGGUGGAGAAACUGGACUGCCUAGAGAGAGCGCUGUUCAGGGCCGGCCAGAGCGGCCUCAACGCCUUCCAGCUGUGGGAGAAAGGCCUUGCCUCCCAUCUCACAGCAUCCAGCCUCGUCACCAACUACCGCAAGAGGAAGCUCGCUGACCUGCAGGCCUGACUAGACAAUCGUAGAUACGUGGAUCAGAGAGUGCCACAUGAGGUCUGUGGUCUGUGAACAUGUGGGGAUGUGAUUGUGUGCAUAAGUGUGUUAUGGGACAUUUCAUCUUGAAUGUACUUCUAAUCUUCUUCUGAAUUAAUUUUAAAUAAGUGUCAAAAAUACUGCAAUUUUGUGAUGUUUUCUGUUCUCUUGUAAGACUUGAAUAAUGUAAUGUAUUGAACCAAACAGUAAACUAAUAUAAUGGGAAUAUACAGAAUAUAUUGACGUUCUUUCUUAACUCAGUUUUCAAGGUCUAAGAUUCCAUUGGUUUUUGUAGUUUUUUUAUUUUUUAUGUUAAGGCUUUGUGUGGGUUUUUUGUUUUGUUUUUAAAUUAAAAUACUGUUGCAACCCAUCAACAAAAAUAUGAGCUGGAGUUUAGGCACAGGAAUGUCCACAGAUGGUGAGGGUAUCACCAACAAAAAUUACAGGAGUUCUAAUCACAGCGCUGCUCAGAGUUCUGUUUUUCCGUGUUAUAAUCAUUGGUAGAAUCCCUGGCCAGCAUAGUUUGCAGGUGGUACAUUUUGUCAUUUCUAUUAAGAGACGAGAUUCUCUGCAUUGCCAGUUUUUGUUUUUGUUUGUUUGUUUUGGUUUUGUGUGUGAGUGAGCACACAAAAGAUGAUAAAUGGAAGAUAAACAUCUCAUACAGUGGAAGUCAUGCCAUCUUUGUGUCAUUUUUGCAUCCAUUUGAACCCCAGCAAUUUUGCACUUUGUUUCACACUUUAGCGUUGGUGUGCAGGCUUUGCCUUUUGUGGGACCAGAGACAGUGCUGCUUAUUCUGGCUUAACUGAGGUCUGAGGCAGGUGGGGUUUGUGGUUCUGGUUGCUGCAAGGUGUUGGAAGCUGGUCUCUCUCAGCACUGGCAUGGUUGUGGUAAGGCAGGUCCUAUUAAAAUGAUAGUUACUGGGUGUUUCUGGUUUCAUGAUUAGGCCACGGGGGCUCGGUGUUCAGCAGUGGAAUUUGAACAGCCGUACUCCCCCAUAUACUGAGCUGGUUAUAGGCGGUUCUAGUUUAUUUUCAGCCGGUCUUGUGGAUUCCGUUUAUAGGAAUAGCCAUGUGGGAAAUUGGAAAUGUAAUGUUUAAGAUUCAAGAUUCAUGAUUCAUACUGUGAAAAGGUCUUAGGCACCCAAGAAAUUUUUAUAAUACUUAUCUGGCUGGUAAAUGUAUAUGUGCAUGUAAAAUACCAUAUAACACUGGUAAAUGCUUUGCUAUUAAACAUGAAUGCAAAUGGU